CUUAUGUCGCGCGCACGGGGGGAGGUGUGAGAACUCGGGAUAAGCGACUGGCGGCGAUUUACGCAGUCGGGUGACGGGAUUUUAUCGGGAUUCGGCCAGAAGACAGAUGGGAUCCCCGGAGUACCAACGCAUAUGCAGUAGAGCGAAAUAGCUGGCUUUUGCGUUAAAGUUUGGCUACUGCACAUGCACAGCUGCGAGCUGAAGGCAGAACCAGGAAGAAGAUAACUCUGUGGUGCUUGCUGGCAGAACCCUGGGCCAGUGCAGUUUUCUGCUGAUGGGAGUAUUGGCUCGGGAGUGUCAGAUCUGCGAGAAUAUGUUCCAGUUUGAUAUUGCUAUAGAAGUGAACUGGAAAUACAUUUUAAGCUGCAGAGAAUUUUCUUAUCGCUGGUGAAGGCUGUUAGUAAAAAUAGCGCCAGGCUGACAGGGUCGUGCAGGUCAAGCUCACCGAAACAAGAGGCCAAAAAGACAAGUGUACUCCUUCAAGGAAUCGGUUGCCCCAUAUUUGAGCUGUGUUUUAAGUGGUACCUGCUUUGUACAGCCACUGGUUGAUUGAAAAGUUCCCAAAAUGAGAGAACGACUUUUCAUUGCAUGCUUUGGAGCCUUACUGCUUGUUAUUCAUACCCAAGGACAGGACUUUAACAUCUUGCCACACAGAACAGGAAUGAAAUCCAAUUCAGACCCAAAGAAACAGGAAAAUGGUGUAACACUGGCACCAGAGGAUACACUACCAUUUCUAAACUGUUACUGCUCUGGAUACUGUCCUCAAAAUGCUGUAAACAAUACAUGCAUCACGAAUGGCCAAUGCUUUGCAAUGAUUGAAGAAGAUGACCAUGGGGAUAUCAUUUUAACAUCUGGCUGCAUGAAAAUGGAAGGUUCAGACUUUCAGUGCAAGGAUUCUCCAAAAGCCCUGUCACGGAGAACUAUUGAAUGUUGCCGGACGGAUUUCUGUAACAGAGAUUUGGAGCCUACGUUGUCACCAAAGAUAUCAGAUGGAGAAUAUGGCUUGCGCUUCAUUGCUCUCAUCAUUUCAUUGGUGGUCUGCUUGAUUUUAAUUGUGGGCUUCAUUCUUAUCAUAUGGAUUUACAAACAUAAACUGCAUUCCCAAAGGAUGCUUUAUAACAGAAAUUUGGAUCCUGAUGAUGCCUUUAUACCUGCUGGGGAGUCCCUAAAGGCUCUUAUUGAUAUAUCACAAAGCUCUGGUAGUGGCUCAGGGCUACCAUUAUUGGUUCAGCGUACUAUAGCAAAGCAGAUCCAAAUGGUUCGACAGAUAGGAAAGGGAAGGUAUGGUGAAGUAUGGAUGGGAAAAUGGAGAGGAGAGAAGGUGGCUGUCAAAGUGUUCUUUACUGCUGAAGAAGCCAGCUGGUUCCGGGAAACUGAAAUCUACCAAACUGUUCUCAUGCGACAUGAAAACAUACUUGGUUUCAUAGCAGCUGACAUUAAAGGAACAGGUUCAUGGACGCAGAUGUACCUGAUAACAGAAUACCAUGAAAACGGAUCACUGUAUGACUUCCUUAAGUGUACCACUUUGGAUACUAGAUCUUUACUCAAGCUUGCUUAUUCGGCAGCUUGUGGAUUGUGUCACCUCCACACUGAAAUAUAUGGCACUCAAGGAAAACCUGCUAUUGCACACAGGGAUCUGAAAAGUAAAAACAUACUUAUAAAAGAAAAUUGGACAUGCUGCAUUGCUGACCUUGGACUGGCAGUAAAAUUUAACAGUGACACUCAUGAAGUUGAUAUUCCCCUGAACACACGUGUUGGUACAAAACGUUAUAUGGCCCCAGAAGUUUUGGAUGAAAGUCUAAAUAAGAAUCACUUCCAAGCUUAUAUUAUGGCAGAUAUCUACAGCUUCAGUUUAAUUAUCUGGGAGAUGACCCGUCGCUGCAUAACUGGAGGAAUUGUUGAAGAGUACCAACUGCCUUACUAUGACAUGGUGCCAAAUGAUCCAUCCUUUGAGGAUAUGAGAGAAGUUGUCUGCAUGAAAUGCCUAAGGCCUACAGUAUCAAAUAGAUGGAACAGUGAUGAAUGUUUGAGAGCUGUUUUAAAACUGAUGGCAGAGUGCUGGGCUCAAAAUCCUGCUUCCCGUCUCACAGCUCUGCGAAUCAAGAAAACACUUGCAAAGAUGGUGGAGUCCCAGGACGUCAAGAUUUGACAUGGAAGAUAGGACACUGGUAUCAGAACUUUUUUGAAAAGAAGCCAAGUGCAAAGAGGAGGCAAUCAAUACUUCCUGUGCACCUCCUUGUUUUAUUUUGCUGGCUGCUAUAUAUUUACUUUUAAGUACUGUGUAGAAUUACACAGUACUCUGUGUACUCAUGGACAGAUUAUUUUCGUUCAAAAUUUUUAUAUCGAAUCUUUGGUCAUUUUAACAUGAAAGUAUUCAGCUUGAUGGUUACUGAAUCGCAUGUUCAGAAAAUUUUGCUUUCUGUGAAAGCAGUAACCAUGUUAAAGGCAUUUUAUUCCCUUAUUGCCAUUAUUAUCCUGGAGAAGUAAUACGAUAAAAGUAAUAAUUCAACAGCUCUCGCUUUAUUGUGGAUUGAAUGGCGGUAAAUCUCAAUCCUAACUCCAUACAUUACGAGUAAACCAAAAAAAGGAGGAAGAAAAAAAAAAAAAAAUAUAUAUAUAUAUAUAUAUAUAUAUAUAUAUAUAUAUAUAUAUAUAUAUAUAUAUAUAAUCUUUUUGCCAGAAAUCAUUUGCCACGUCUCCAUAGGUUGAACAUCAUUAUGAAGAACCCAUGUAAGAUUUCCUUGUUUAUAUUAUUUUUUCAUAAAUAUGUUAAAAAUGUAUAAUGCUAAAAUAUGUGCCUAGUAACCUAGAUGCUUUACCUUAUUGAAACAACAAAUAUCAAACCUU